AUGGCAAGGAAGAAAUUCAGUGGAUUAGAAAUCACCCUGAUCGUCCUCUUUGCUAUAGUUACUAUAAUAGCUGUUGCUCUGGUUGCUGUUUUAGCCACUAAGACACCUGCUGUUGAACAAAUUAAUCAUCCCACUGCAACUCCUGCUACCACUGCAUAUCCUCCUGGUUCAGGAAAAUGCCCAACUGAGCUAAAUGACCCUGUAAAUGAGCGAGUGAACUGCAUCCCAGAACAAUUUCCAACACAGGCAAUUUGUGCUCAGAGAGGCUGCUGCUGGAGACCGUGGAAUAACUCAGUUAUUCCUUGGUGCUUCUUUGCCCAAAACCAUGGCUAUAAUGCUCAGCCAGUGAAAACAACAAGUACAGGACUUGAAACUCAGUUAAACAGGAUACCUUCACCGACGCUAUUUGGAAAUGACCUUAAUAGUGUCCUCUUUACUACUGAACAUCAAACCUCGAAUCGUGUCCGGUUUAAGAUUACUAAUCUAGGGAAGACUAGAUAUGAAGUUCCUCAUCAGCAUGUAAAAAGUUUUGCUGGCCCUGCAGCUUCUGACACAUUAUAUGAAGUAUCAGUUAAAGAAACACCGUUUAGCAUACAAGUUAUUAGAAAAAGCAAUAAGAAAGUUUUGUUUGACACGAGUAUUGGUCCCCUGGUGUAUGCUGAUCAAUAUUUACAGAUCUCAACAAGACUUCCAAGUCAAUACAUGUAUGGUAUCGGAGAACAAAUUCAUAAGAGAUUUCGCCACGAUUUAUAUUGGAAAACUUGGCCAAUCUUUACCAGGGAUCAACUUCCUGGUGAUAAUAAUAAUAAUUUAUAUGGCCAUCAGACAUUCUUCACGUGCAUUGAAGAUACUUCUGGAAAGUCAUUUGGUGUCUUCUUAAUGAACAGCAAUGCAAUGGAAAUUUUCAUCCAGCCUACUCCUAUAGUAACCUACCGAGUUACUGGUGGAAUUUUGGAUUUUUACAUCUUUCUUGGUGAUACUCCAGAAGAAGUAGUGCAACAAUAUCAAGAGCUCAUUGGAUUACCAGCAAUGCCGUCCUACUGGAGUCUUGGGUUUCAGCUCAGUCGCUGGAAUUAUAAAUCACUAGAUGUAGUUAAAGAAGUGGUGAAAAGAAACCGAGAUGCUGGCAUACCAUUUGAUACACAGGUCACUGAUAUUGAUUAUAUGGAAGACAAAAAAGCCUUCACAUAUGAUGCAGUUGCAUAUAAAGGACUACCGGAAUUUGCUCAAGAUUUGCAUGACCAUGGACAAAAAUAUGUCAUAAUCUUGGACCCAGCGAUUUCCAUAGGAAAACGUGCCAAUGGAGCUUCGUAUGCCAGCUACGACCGGGGAACUGAAAGAAAAGUGUGGGUCAAUGACUCAGAUGGGACAAAACCAAUUAUUGGAGAGGUGUGGCCAGGACUCACAGUGUACCCCGACUUCACUAAUCCUCAAUGCAUAGAAUGGUGGGCCGAAGAAUGUAGUCUUUUUCACCAAGAAGUGAAAUAUGAUGGUUUUUGGAUUGACAUGAAUGAAGUUUCCAGCUUUGUUCAAGGUUCUACGGAAGGAUGCAAGGACAACAAAUGGAAUUAUCCACCUUUUACCCCAGAUAUUCUUGAUAAACUCAUGUAUUCCAAAACAAUUUGCAUGGACUCUAUGCAGCACUGGGGGAGACAAUAUGAUGUGCAUAGCCUCUAUGGAUAUAGCAUGGCCAUAGCUCAAGAAAAAGCUGUACAAAGAGUUUUUCCUAACAAGAGAAGCUUCAUUCUCACUCGGUCAACUUUUGCUGGCUCUGGAAAGCAUGCUGCACAUUGGUUAGGAGACAAUACAGCUUCGUGGGAGCAAAUGGAAUGGUCUAUUUCAGGAAUGCUGGAGUUCGGUUUGUUUGGAAUGCCUUUGGUCGGAGCAGACAUCUGUGGGUUUGUGGCUGACACUACAGAAGAGCUUUGCAGACGAUGGAUGCAGCUUGGGGCAUUUUAUCCAUUUUCUAGAAACCAUAAUGCAGACGGAUACAUCGAUCAGGACCCUGCAUUUUUUGGACAGGACUCUCCUUUGGUCAAAUCAUCCCGACACUACUUGACUAUUCGCUACACACUAUUGCCGUUCCUCUAUACUCUGUUUUAUAAAGCCCAUCUGUAUGGUGAGACCGUAGCAAGGCCAUUUCUUCACGAAUUUUAUGAAGAUACAAAUAGCUGGAUUGAGGACACUCAAUUCUUAUGGGGUCCCGCAUUACUUAUUACUCCUGUCUUAAAACAGGGGACAGAGAUAGUGAGUGCUUAUGUCCCUGAUGCGACUUGGUAUGAUUAUGAAACUGGUGAAAAAAGACCAUGGAGAAAACAACGUGUUAAUAUGUAUCUUCCAGCAGACAAAAUAGGAUUACAUAUCAGAGGAGGUUAUAUUAUCCCCAUCCAGCAGCCCGCUGUAACUACCACUGCCAGCCGGAAGAACCCCUUAGGACUUAUAAUUGCAUUAGAUGAAAAUAACCAAGCAAAAGGAGACUUUUUCUGGGAUGAUGGAGAAACUAUAGAUACUAUACAAAAAGACAACUACAUAUUAUAUACAUUUUCAGUCUCUAAUAACAGUUUAAAUAUAAUAUGCAAUCAUUCAACCUACCUGGACGGAACCUCUUUAGCUUUUGAGACUAUUAAAAUCCUUGGAUUAACAGAUUCUGUUACACAAGUUAAUGUGUCAGAAACCAAUCAAGCAGCGGCUUCCCAUGCAAAUUUUAGUUAUGCUGCUUCCACUCAGAUUCUCCAAAUUCUCGAUCUCAAAUUAAAUCUUGGAAAGAGCUUUAAAGUUCAAUGGAAUCAAGUUUUCUCACAAAAUGAAAAGUUUACUUGUUAUCCGGAUGCAGACGAUGUAACUGAAGAAAAAUGCAAGCAGCGUGGAUGCAUAUGGGAAUCGACUUCUUUUGCCAGCAGAGCACCUGAGUGUUACUUCCCUAGACAAGACAAUCCUUACUUGGUCAACACAGUCCAGUAUUCCUCAAUGGGUAUAACUGCUGACCUUAAUUUGAAUCCUACUAAGGCUCGAAUAAAGCUGCCAUCUGAGCCUAUCUCAACUCUUCGUGUAGAGGUGAAAUAUCACAAGAAUGAUAUGCUGCAGUUCAAGAUUUAUGAUCCUCAAAAAAAGAGAUAUGAAGUUCCAGUACCAUUAAACAUUCCAACUACUCCAACAAGUUCAUACGAAAACAGACUUUAUGAUGUUGAAAUCAAGGAAAAUCCUUUUGGGAUCCAGAUUCGUCGGAGAAGCACUGGAAAAAUUAUUUGGAAUUCUCAUCUCCCUGGAUUUGCUUUUAAUGAUCAGUUUAUUCAAAUAUCUACUCGUUUGCCAUCAGAAUAUGUGUAUGGAUUUGGGGAAGUGGAACACACAGCAUUUAAGCGAGAUAUGAAUUGGCAUACUUGGGGAAUGUUCACAAGAGACCAGCCUCCUGGUUAUAAACUUAAUUCCUAUGGAUUUCAUCCCUAUUACAUGGCUCUGGAAGAAGACGGCAAUGCGCACAGCGUUUUCUUACUCAACAGUAAUGCAAUGGAUGUUACAUUUCAGCCAACUCCUGCUCUAACUUACCGCAUAAUUGGAGGAAUUUUAGACUUUUACAUGUUUUUGGGCCCAACUCCAGAAGUUGCAACAAAGCAAUACCAUGAAGUCAUUGGCCAACCAGUUAUGCCCCCUUACUGGGCUAUGGGAUUCCAUCUAUGUCGGUACGGGUACAGAAAUACUUCAGAGGUUGAGCAACUGUAUAAUGAAAUGGUAGCUGCCAAGAUCCCUUAUGACGUUCAAUACACAGACAUUGACUACAUGGAAAGACAACUCGAUUUUACAAUUGACGAUGAGUUCCGGGACCUUCCUCAGUUUGUUGACAAAAUAAGAGGUGAAGGAAUGAGAUACAUUAUUAUCCUGGAUCCAGCAAUUUCUGGAAAUGAGACAAAGCCUUACCCUGCAUAUACAAGAGGAAUUCAGAAAGAUGUCUUUGUCAAAUGGCCUAACACCAAUGAUAUUUGUUGGGCAAAGGUUUGGCCAGACUUGCCCAAUAUUACAAUAGACGAAAGUCUGACAGAAGAUGAAGCUGUGAAUGCUUCCAGAGCUCAUGUGGCUUUUCCAGAUUUCUUCAAGAAUUCCACAGCCGAGUGGUGGAUAAGGGAAAUUUUAGAUUUCUACAAUAACCAGAUGAAAUUUGAUGGUUUGUGGAUUGAUAUGAAUGAACCAUCAAGUUUUGUAAAUGGAACAACUUCUAACCAAUGCAGAAAUAAAGACCUAAAUUAUCCACCUUAUUUUCCAGAACUCACAAAAAGAAUUGAUGGAUUACAUUUUAGAACCAUGUGUAUGGAAACUGAGCAGAUACUUAGUGAUGGUUCAUCUGUUUUGCAUUAUGAUGUUCACAACCUUUAUGGAUGGUCACAAGCAAAACCUACUUAUGAUGCGAUACAGCAAGCAACUGGUAAAAGAGGGAUUGUGAUUUCCCGGUCCACAUAUCCUACUGCUGGACGGUGGGCAGGACACUGGCUAGGAGACAACUAUGCACAAUGGGACAAUAUGGAAAAGUCAAUCAUUGGUAUGAUGGAAUUUAGUCUCUUUGGAAUAUCUUAUACUGGUGCAGAUAUCUGUGGCUUCUUUAACAAUUCAGAAUAUGAACUUUGUGCCCGCUGGACGCAACUUGGAUCAUUUUAUCCAUACUCAAGAAAUCACAACAUUGCAUUUACCAGAAGACAAGAUCCUGCUUCCUGGAAUACAACUUUUGCUGAAAUGUCAAAAAAUAUUCUAAAUAUUAGAUAUACUUUAUUGCCUUAUUUCUAUACACAAAUGCACGACAUUCAUGUUCAUGGUGGAACCGUUAUUAGACCUCUUUUGCAUGAGUUCUUUGACGAUAGGGAAACCUGGAAUAUAUAUAAACAAUUCUUGUGGGGUCCAGCAUUUAUGGUUACUCCUGUAUUGGAACCUCAUGUUGAAAAAGUAACAGGCUAUGUCCCGAAUGCUCGGUGGUUUAAUUAUCAUACAGGGGAGGACAUUGGUGUGAGAGGGAAGCUUCACUCUUUCGAUGCUCCUUGGGAUUUCAUUAACCUGCAUGUCCGUGGGGGCCACAUCCUACCAUGCCAAGAACCUGGCCCAAACACAUUUUUCAGUCGCCAAAAAUUCAUGGGACUCAUUGUUGCUGCUGAUGAUAAUCAGAUGGCACAGGGCUCUCUCUUCUGGGACGAUGGAGACACUAUAGACACUUAUGAAAGAAACCUCUAUUUAAUGGCACAAUUCAAUUUAAACAACACUAUCUUGAAAAGCACUGUUCUGAAAACUGGUUAUUUAAAUGCAAACGAAACAACACUUGGCUAUGUCAAAGUAUGGGGGAAAGGAAAGACUCCUGUCACGAGGGUCAAUGCCAUCUAUGAAGGAAAUACCAUCCCACUUAAAUUUACUCAAGAUCCCGCCAAGGAGAUAUUAAACAUUGAUCUUGCAACAGAAGGUAUUAUUCUGAGUAAGCCAAUAGAAAUCUACUGGUCUUGAAGAUCAACAUAAAAACCACUUUAAAAGGAAAUGUGACAUCUGGGUUCAAGUUUCACAGAAUUUACAACUUCUUUUCUUCAUCAACUUCUUAUGUGCUAUAAAUAUAAUUUAUAUAACAUAUUUCAAAGAUUAUAACAAAUAUAAAAUGAU